UAAUGCCAAACGACUCCCUUAAUACACUCGCGUCCGGAAUCUCGUUGGUGAUUGGGGCGAACGCUUUGUGCCAGCUGUCGCGUACUUGUCAGUGGAUCACGGUGACUGUGCGAACCGGUCGGACAUCAGCCUCGUCGGAGAAACGGUGUCUGAGGAGCGAGCAAAUUCGUCGAAUCGGUCGGAAGCAACGUUCGUUUCGCAGCGGAGCUUGAAAGGAAUGAGCUGGCUGGGCGCCAUCUUAGAUUUAUCGUGAGCACGUUGCGGAGAACGGUCGUUGAAAUUUCGUGGAGAGGACCGCGGCUACCUGGGAACCGUAACGCAGAAAGGAUGCCACGAGGAUAGGCGUCGUAUUUUCUCGAACGUGAACGCCUUAUAAAAACACGGUGCAUGUCGACGCAGGCUGACUCAGAGUGGGUGCUACGAGCGAGAAAACUCUUGCGGCGGUCGUAUCGGUGUCACAGAUGCGCGAAACGCAAGUGAAGCACCGGUGUGCAAAGUGAUUUCUUGGCGGUGUGGGAUUUUUUAUUUUCCGUUUUCUAAUUUUCCGGGCGACAGAGCUGACAAACGAUAGAGGGAUACGGUAUAGGGAUCGUCAUUAUGAGCAAGAUGCUAGGAACGACCUAUUGCACCGUGUUCUCUGUACUUAGAAGUCCCGAAGAGGGUGAAUCGUUUAAGCGGAUCAUCUGAAAGAACUGGCCGAACGAACAAUCGACAAAACAGGGUUUUGCGCGUUGUCAGCCCGCGAGGACGAUCGUCAGGAUUCAGCAGCCGGAUUUACGAGAUCGAAGUAGUGAUUUGAAACUUGUGAGUGAGAAGCGAAAAGUGAUCGAUCAGCAGGAAUACUCGUUAGAGUCGUGCGGUCAUCCUCGAAUAAAGAACUCAGUGGUUGAUGCAAUCUGUUCCUAUAUAUAGAUUCACGAAAUUCGUGGAAUUGCGAAACGUUUUUUUUUUUUCGUACACCGUUCGAUCGACGGACUAUUACUUAAUUCAAGGAUCUCGAGAUUAAUCAAACUGUGACGUGUACUUAAAUAUACAAUAAUCUUUCUAUAAACGCGACUUAAUCGAUCGUGAUAAAAAAAAACAUUUAUUAUACUACCGGUAAGAACGCGAUCGAUAAGAUCACUUAUCGACCCGAUCGUGGUGCGACAGUCGAUAACUUAGGUAUCUGCCGAACGGACAGAAAUUCCUGUGCGGUUUUGUACGACCCGUGACGGGUAUUUACGAAUUUCUCUGCCGCUCGAGACAUCCGACGGCACCCAAGAUAUCCUCAUAACCCGUAAUGUAUUUGAGAUCGCGCGAACAGACAGCAAAAGGGAGGCACGAGCACACAAGAGUGGUGGUAGAAUCUGGUUGCGGGGCAAAGGGACGAGAUCACCUUGGACCAGCUGGGAGGAACAAGGGCAAGACGAAGACACCUCUGGCGGACUGCUGGGAUCUCGAGGUACCUCAGUUGCAUCGUCUGAGAUCGCCAGGCAGGGAUUCCAAGCAGGCGUGCGUACGACGCGGUAUGAGCGAAGGUGAACGAGCGGUCAUCACGCCUCGAAUCGGCUGGCGAAAGCUCACUGAUCCUGGCGACUGACACGAAUCCAGGAACUCGGGGGCAGGUCCGAAACGAUAGCAUCAGCUGCUGUUUCAUCGUCAACGUCCUCGUUAUCCUGCCGCACUAACUCCAUUCUCGUGGGAACGUCUUCGACCCUCGAGCCUCGAUAGGAUACCAUAUCCUGAAGCGUUGAUCCUCCAUACCGGCCAGAUGCAAGAAAACGCCCCGUCGAGAUCCACGUCGAGAACUUUGAAGACGGACACAAAAAUGGCGGGACAUCGGUGCCGGUAGCAGACGGGGUUAUUGCCUAGAGAAGCGAUCGCCUCGUCCUGCACUCUUCCUCAGGGAACCGCGCCCGAACCGUCACCCGAUCUCGGGUAGAUUCCCGUUUUCUCUCUCUCGUCACGAGUGCUCAAACACCCCACAAUCUUCCUCUGAAAUCAGUUGACGAACUUUGCGUCGUUCCGAUCGAUUAUCGAACAGACGAUAGGGGUCCGCCGGUGGGCCCAUGGACAAUAACUCGUAGUUAAUAAGAGUAGAGGUAACAUGUAGUAGUGAGACAACAACAGAAUCAAUUAGGACGAAGGGCAAGAAACGUCGAAAGGGAUUACGCUGUCGUGAUACCAGGAACAGUAUUUUCGCUGUAACGAUCAUCCGCUAGACGCAAAACGGUAUUAUCUGGUAGAAAAGAAGCGAAAAUAUUAUUAUUUUACGGCUCGAGUCUCGUUCCUUUUUCCGCGUAUAGUCAUCAUGCCGUCAACGCCGAGCAAACUGAACCUCAACUUCGCCAGAAACGCGUACAACGUGUUUGGAACACGCGGUACCAACACCGCCGCUGAACAUCAGCGCGAACAGAAAACGGAGCUUCUAGAGGGUAAGAGCUCUAAGAGGAACGGCCUCCUCCGCAUGAAACAUGGUGUCGACUACAUCAACCCCGGCGAGGAAGACCAAAUGGAAAUCUAUGGCUUCAAGAGAAACAAACUCUUAACCGCUAUCACCUGGUUCCUAAUCAUCGUGACCGCAGGACUUCUGAGGCUGGUUUUCCACUGGGCUCCACGUCUGAUGUUAUUAGCCACUCAUUCUAAAUGUCUGUUAGAAGACGCGGACACCGUCUUGCUCGUAGAGAAGUUCCAAGGGAAACAUACAAGUUACUAUGUAAAGAAAUUGAAAACCCUAAAUGCCCAGGAUGUAUUAAAAAACAACCCAUUCGAUGGAGAAUCGUUGAUGGAUAACGAGCCUUGGACCGAAAAUGGUAGUAUGAUAACCACCAAGGAAAUCAAGGAAGAGUAUCCAAAAGUCUCGCUGCAUUUGGUGGGAGGACAAUUCAAACAUGUUCCAUCGAUCGUUCUUUUCUAUUGCAAGAAGCUACCAUAUAUUUGGGAUCCUGAAAGGUCCGAGUUCCUGAAGCUUCGAGGCUUGGACAUCGACGUGCUGACGUCGACGUUGCAUCAGAUGCAGGGACUGAAUUAUCAUGAACAGCACAUGAGACGUUGCGUUUAUGGGAACAACGAAAUCCUGAUUCCAGUGAAGAGUAUCCUAACGCUGCUUUGCCUCGAAAUCCUUAAUCCGUUUUACGUCUUCCAACUGUUCAGUUUUUUCCUUUGGCUCGCCGACAAUUACUACUACUACGCUAUGGUCAUCCUGACUAUGUCCAGCAUCGGAAUAAUUAUGGCAGUCUUCCAGACUCGUCGAAAUCAGCAAAAUCUGCUGUCCACCGUUCAAUCUUCCGACGUGGCAACGGUGAUGAGAGAUCGAGCAACGGGACAAACAGCAACCGUGCCUGCUGAACGAUUGGUUCCCGGUGAUAUCUUGGUUAUUCCGUCCCAUGGCUGUCUGAUGCCAUGCGACGCGGUUCUUCUAACCGGAAACUGUAUUCUGAACGAGUCCAUGCUCACCGGUGAAUCAGUCCCCGUCACGAAAACACCCAUUCCUUCAUCCAACGAAACUACGUACGAUACCAAGGAACAUGCGAGACACACACUCUUCUGCGGAACUCGAGUUAUUCAGACGAGAUACUACGGAUCGGAAAAGGUACUAGCCGUAGUCGUCAGGACAGGGUUCAAUACGAGCAAAGGUGAUUUAGUGAGAUCCAUCAUGUACCCGCCACCCGUAGACUUCAAGUUCGAACAAGACUCGUACAAAUUCGUUAUUCUGCUUGCUGGAAUAGCCAGCAUCGGUGUGAUUUACACAAUCGUGACAAAAGUCAUGAGAGGAGUGCAAAGCAACCACAUCACUUUGGAAGCUUUGGACCUGAUCACGAUCGUGGUACCGCCGGCGCUACCGGCAGCCAUGACCGUUGGUCGCCUAGUAGCGCAGCGUAGAUUAGAAAAGAAUAAGAUUUAUUGCACGAGUCCAAGGACCAUCAACGUGUCGGGGUCGAUCGAUUGCAUUUGCUUCGACAAAACUGGAACGCUGACCGAAGACGGCCUCGACAUGUGGGGCGUGGUGCCCAGUUUCGAUAAAAAGUUUCAGAUGCACGUGAAAGAUAUCGCGACCUUGCCUCUGAACGAUGUCCUCAUCGGUAUGGUGACGUGUCACGGGAUCACUAUAAUAGACAAUCAGCCGGUGGGGGAUCCGCUGGACCUGAAAAUGUUCGAAUCUACCGGGUGGACCUUGGAAGAACCCGAUGUGUCCGAUACGUCCAAGUUCUCUAUGCUUUUCCCGACCGUGGUCCGACCGCCGAAGGGUUCGAAAUUGUUGAAGAAGCUGCCCAAUGAUUCGAGAAUCACGGCUAGUCGACAGAAUUCCAUGUCUUCCGAUGUGGUGGACGCCGUCUCCUUGAACAACCACGACACCACGUUGACUGGCUCCACGACAGAAUUGGGCGAACAGGGUUUAGAAAUUGGUAUCGUACGGCAGUUUCCGUUCACGUCUACCCUUCAGAGAAUGAGCGUUAUCACUAGGACAUUGGGUGCUAAUCAUUACGAUCUCUACUGCAAAGGCAGUCCAGAAAUGAUCCUGAGUCUCUCGAAAGCAGAAUCCAUUCCACCAGACUUUGGUGCCGUAUUGCAAAAUUAUACCUCGGAAGGUUAUCGUGUAAUCGCCCUCGCACACAAAUCCUUAAAUCGUCUUCCUUAUGCCAAAGUCCAACGACUGAGUCGCGAGUUCGCCGAAUCGGAUCUGAGGUUCUUGGCAUUCGUGAUCAUGGAGAACAGGUUGAAACCGGAGACUAAACCGGUCAUCAAUGCUUUAAACACUGCCUGUAUCAAAACCGUCAUGGUUACCGGGGACAAUAUGUUGACUGCGUUGUCAGUAGCUAGAGACUGCGACAUUGUGAAGUCAGGUACACCUGUCAUCGCGGUCUCGGCGAACCAACAAAAUCAAAUGAAACCACAGAUCUACUUCACCAAGAGCAACAGCCAGCCAUCUCCAGUCUCGCCGUUGGGAAACAGGGAUUUCAGCGAGAUGACGGACUUGAAUAGCAUAGCCAGCUUGGAAACAGUAGAGAGUGGUUCAUUUAGGAACAAUCAAUUCAAAAACGACGUCAAUUAUUUGUCCGAUGACAUGCAAUGCUCGAAAAGUAAAUACGUGUUUGCACUCACGGGUAAAACGUGGGCAUUGGUCAAAGAAUACUACCCCGAGUUGAUCCCUAAACUGGCCACUCGUGGCGCGAUCUUCGCAAGGAUGUCCCCAGACCAGAAACAGCAGCUUGUUCAGGAACUGCAAUCUUUAGGAUACUAUGUCGCUAUGGUAGGCGACGGUGCGAACGAUUGUGGAGCCUUGAAGGCGGCUCACACAGGACUUUCUCUCUCCGACACCGAGUCAUCGGUAGCUUCACCCUUCACCAGCCGCGAAACCAAUAUUUCCUCCGUGCUGACGGUGAUUCGAGAAGGUCGAGCAGCCUUGGUUACGUCCUUCGGAAUCUUCAAGUACAUGGCAAGCUACUCCCUCACCCAAUUCAUCUCCGUGAUGCUCCUAUAUGGCAUCGAGUCUAACUUAACGGACAUAGAGUUUCUUUACAUCGAUCUCUUCAUCAUUUCGAUCUUCGCCUUCUUCUUUGGUCGCACUCAGGCCUACGACGGCCCGUUGGCCAAGACCGCUCCUCUGAACAGUUUGAUCAGCACCACGCCGAUCGUCAGUCUGGUGACUCAGAUCUUAAUCGUGGCCGUAUUUCAGUACGCCAGUCUUUGGCAUCUCCGACAGAUGGACUGGUUCGAACCGUUCAACGCCACAGCGAUCCACGACAAGGACGAUGUGGGCUGCACAGAGAAUUACACAGUCUUCAUCAUCAGUUCCAUGCAGUACAUCAUUCUGGCAGUGGCGUUCUCGAAAGGUCACCCGUACAGGAAGUCGCUGUUCACGAAUUACGGUCUCCUCACAUCGUUUAUUUUCUUGAGCCUCUUCUCGAUCUACCUCGCGACGUUCCCCUUUAAGUGGCUGUCCAAUUGGUUCGAGCUGGUGCUCCCCGGUAACGUCAAUUUCCGUUUCGUUUUGGUCGGCUACGGGGUCGCGAACUUCGUAAUUUCGCUGUUGGUGGAGUACUUUUUCGUCGACUAUCUAAUUUUCGAAAAGUUACGGUACCGUUGGCACAACGUAGACAAGUCCAGACGGAAGUUCCUCGCCAUCGAUCGCGACAUGGCGCGGGACAUAAAGUGGCCGCCGCUCUCCCAGGAACCUCUGCCGGAAGCUACGCCGGACAUCCUGAUCCGCCAGAACGUCACCGAGAUCAAGAUAGAGAGACGAGUUUCCGAACAAUGCCGUCCCGUGGACACGAGUUUCAUGAACAGCCCCAUCUGCGCGAACUUCAAGCACUUCGGUUCGGCCACGGAGGUAACCUUGAACCCCAGGUCGCUCUUCAACGACCGCAGAAACACCGUGUCGAUGCAAACCGUUCCCUGCUUCGAGGACAAGGACCCCGCGAUCAAGCAGCCGAAGAUCGAGCUGGCGACGAAGAGGAGGCACAACUCCGAGUCCGAGAACGGGAUCAAUCAGUACAAGAAACCGUACAAGAACUACAGCACAAACCCAAUAGCUACCCUGCCCAGAAGCACAGCCAUGGCUCUUCAGCCGCAGAAGCUGAGAGACUUCAAGAACAUUUUGGUGCACAAGAGCGAAGACGGACUGUCUCCCAACGCGCAAAGUGUCCUCGAACUCGACAUCCUGCCAUUGUAGAACCAACAGAUUUGGAAAUCUACGUUGAACUUGACAUUUUCCAACAAAAUUUUUUGAUCUAUACACAUCAUUUUCUCGGGUUCUGUAACAUUUUCGGUUUAAAAAUUUCGUCGCUUUUACCUACUGUGCGUCACUCAGAAGGCAAGAAUCACAAGUGUUCAACGAGAAACGAUGUGACGGCUUUCCAGGCACGGUCUCCAAACAUCGUUCGCACGAUGCAUUUAGAAUGCCAUGGCGUUCACGACAGCUCGAAGUCUGAAGGCGUUUCUCGAGCAUCGCCGUACUUCAACUAAAAGGGGUCCCUUUUGACCCGAUCUUUCUUCGUCCUCCUUUUAUUAGUAUUUCGAGCGUGCCACACCCUCGAGAAAGUAUUAUCGUUAGUUUAUUUAUUUUAGAUGAUGUAUUUUAGCUCGUCCUGCCGCUAGGACGAAGGGAUUCUCUUAUGGAAGGAGUAUACCCUUCGCGCGGGCCGAUCGAAUUAUAUAGAUAGACGUUCUUCUUCCAAGAAUUUUAUUGCGCUAUGAUGCCGUCUUUUUGCACUACGAUUUGGAUGGUAUACUUAAUAGGAAAUUAUACGCGUCCUACGUGAUUAAAUUGUUAUAGGUGGACGUGAAUCAGGAUGAAUUUUGUAGUUAGAGAACUGUAGGAAACCGAUGGUGUUCCCGUUUUCGCGACCAGCAACUUCCAGUCUCAUUCGAUUGUAACACGGUCGUCGAAUCGUUAUCGAAUACGAGAAACGAUGCUCGACGAAUAAAACGUGCAAAGAACGACGCGAGUUCGUCGCGAAAACAGGAUUCUAGGUUCCUCUUGGUGUGAUGAUGGGGUACUGAUAACCAUGCUCUAGUUUAUCCCAACGUAUCGUACGAGCAGAAGCUCGUUGUCGCGGAUACUUAUUGUUAACACGAUUAACGAGAUAAGUGUGUACUUAUAUACGCAAUGAAAUUAAAUACUUAAGCGUGUUGUUCUGCCAUUUGCGGCGCUAUGCUUACGUUGAGAUAUAGCGGUUGUCGAAUAAAAA